AUGGAUCCUAUGGCCAUUGCCAAGAUGACUGUUGCUGAGCUGGCCUCAUCUGGAGUUGAUGUGAAGACAGUUAAUGAGCCAACCCACAGAGGGAUCCAGCGGGGAGGUUAUCCCUUGGGAGAACCUGCUCCAGUUUCUCACCAAGGACCACCGGUCGGCUCCUCUUCCUCCGGCGUCGCCUCGCCGCUGACGCCGCCACCGAGCCCGGGCCUCACGUUGGGAAGUAUGCCGGGCUCUACCGUCACCCCUUGUCCCAGGACGGAGCCGCGAGCUCGCGGCUGCCCUGGCUCGUUACCGGUUCCACCAGGUCCCGCACCACCAGUCCAGUCAGCGCCAGUUCCAGCAGUGGUCCAGGAUGCUCUGCCCCCGGUCCAGCCUGUCCAAGAGGCUCUGGCCCCAGGCCAGCCAGUCCAGUGUCCGGAGAUCGAAGCUCCUUCCAGUCCGGAGGUUGACGCCCCUUCCAGUCCGGAGGUCGACGCCCCUUCAAGUACUGAGGUCAACGCCUCCUCCAGUCCCGAGGUCGGCGCCCCCUCCGGUCCAGAGGUCAACGUCCCUUCCAGUUCAACGUCUCCCCCUCCAGUCCAGAGGCCGACGUCUCCUCCUCUGGUCCAGUAG